CGGGCGAGGACCCAGUCUGCCAGGCAAACGCUCCGUCCUGGAGCACUGUGAGCUCACCGUACUGACUCAGGCAGCGCUACCCGUGGUCUAUAGGCUCCUUCACCUCUGCGUGUCCUGCUUGACUGAAACAUCCCCAGUAUCAAUUGUGUGACGCUGCCAACUUCUCAGAAAGUGAGCCACACUGUCGCGGCGCUGCGGAAACACAGAGGAACUGACAAGGCCAGAAAUACCUGCAGAACCAUCAGAUGAAGACCUAGCACUUGUGGGACAGAUACGUGUGGAGGUGGAAGUGUCAUUAAGAAACCUGGAGGAGGAGCAUCGACGUAAAACAUCCCAUCUUGAGAGUGAUUUGCCAGAUGAGUUCUUAAGGAAUCAGUUCGGGCACGGAAAGAGCAUUUCAGGGAGGGAAAGCAGCUGUGGACAGCGCCUGGCUUGAACUGGAAAUGGCAAACAGUCUUUUAAAAACAUCUCCGUCUUCAAGGACAAAAGUACUCCAUCAAGUAGGCUUAUCUCUGUAUAAUACCUUUCAUGGCUUCCAUGAGGAGGAGGUGAAGAAAACACUCCAGCAGUUUCCUGGUGGGUCGGUCGAUCUUCAGAAAGAUGACAGUGGCAUUGGCAUCCUUACUCUGAACAACCCCAGUAAGAUGAACGCCUUCUCAGGUGUCAUGAUGCUACAACUUUUGGAAAAAGUGAUUGAACUGGAAAAUUGGACAGCAGGGAAAGGAGUCAUUGUCCGUGGAGCCAAAAACACUUUCUCUUCAGGGUCUGACCUGAAUGCCGUGAAAGCACUGGCCACUCCAGAGGAUGGAAUGGCUUUAUGUAUGUUCAUGCAGAACACCUUAACAAGAUUUACAAGGCUUCCUUUAAUAAGCGUGGCCCUGGUGCAGGGCCGAGCCCUGGGUGGAGGCGCAGAGUUAACCACAGCCUGUGACUUCAGAUUAAUGACUCCGGAGAGUGAGAUCAGAUUUGUCCACAAGGAGAUGGGAAUAAUCCCAAGCUGGGGUGGUGCCAGCCGGCUGGUUGAAAUCAUAGGCAGUCGAGCAGCUCUCAAAGUGUUAGGUGGGGCCCUCAAACUGGAUCCCACAAAAGCUUUAAGCAUAGGAAUGGCUGAUGAGAUCUUGCAGUCUUCAGAUGAAACAAAAUCUGUAGAAGAGGCCCAAGCAUGGCUCGCACAGUUUGUCAAUGGGCCACCAGAAGUCAUUAGAGCUUUGAAAAAAUCUGUUUGUUCAGGCAAGGAACUAUAUUUAGAGGACGCAUUACAGAACGAAAGAGAUCUUUUAGGAACAGUAUGGGGUGGAGCUGCUAAUUUACAGGCUAUUGCUAGAAAAGGAAAAUUUAAUAAAUAACAUCUAAAAAUGUGGGUUUACUACAAGUUCCAAUUAAUAAUAUAUACUGAAGUUAAAUGAAAAUAUGAACAGCAGAAUUAAUCUGAAAGUACUAUUAGUAUUCAGAUUUGUUUUGGGUUAGGGUUAGGGUUAGCUAAAGUCAUUAGCCAACAUUUUCUUAAUAUUUGGGCAACACGUUUUGUGUAAGUUAUUCCUAUCACUUCUUUUAUGGUAAUAAUGGUUCUUAGCUAUGAACAAAGGAUGCCUGUUUUGCUUUUUGGGUUUUUUUUUUUUUUUUUUUUUUUUUUUUUUUUUUAGAUAUAAGUGUGCUUAUCACCGUGUCUGCCACCAACAAAGAUUAGUUUCUAAAAGGAAAAGGUUCUAUUGACAGAAAAUCAAUUUUUUUGUUUCUCUUACCCAUAAUAUUUUCACUCUGUAAGAAUUUACAAAACAAUCUAAUAAACUUUUCAGUUAAAGAACAUGGGGCAAGAUCAUAGGACAAGAAAAGAUAUGAUUAGUCAUUUUCUUCUGUACCAAAUGAGGAAAAAAGAAAAGAUGCAUCCCGUUACCCCUUUCAAGUCUGGAGCCUUGAUCUUUUCAAUAACUAGGGAACCUCAGCUGAACGUACAGGCUGCCAUUCACUGUCCUGGGAAAUACCAAGCUAGAAACAGUGCUGUUGAUAGUUUUAAAACAGAAAGUCUUGAUUCAUGAAACAAGCAUUCUACAAAAAAAGUUACCACUUUACGACAGGUUUCUAUUUUUCUGAAAAACCUCAACUUUUAUAAGUACUUUUAUAAUCAAUUUACUAAAAAUGUGUAAUUCAUAUUUUUAUGAUCAUUCCAGUAAUUCUGCAUACAGUACAUGGAAUAAAUAUCGAAAUGAACUUGGACAGCCUGUAAGUCUUAUGUUGAUCAAGUAGUUGAUACUAUAAGUUUUUCUUUCCAGUGUUCAUGAGUGGCCUUACACUCUGGGUAAAAGCAGAUUUACUUAAGAGUUCAUAGACAUGAAUUCACUUUACCCAUACUCCUGCAGAUGAAAAAACUCACUUUUAUUAAGAUGUUUUUAUAUCUGGGUAAGGAAGGAAGUAUUGGGUUAACAUGGUAAUCUAGAAUUUGUGAAAGACAGUCUGUUCUUAAAGCAGAAUGAUGUUGAUAAAAGCAAAUCCAAGCUAUUUUUACUCUGAUUUUCAAAUGAAAUAAAAUGAAUGCUACAGUAGCAGUUGUUACACAGUUAAGCCAAUGCCAGAUGAAAAAUCAAAAAGCCUAAGUCCUAGUCUUCCUUAUUAAUGACAUUUUUAAAAUCACACAAGUAAGCCUUUAAUCUAAAGUUCCUUCCCUGUAAGAAUUUAUGAAACUCUAGAAAGAAUGAGAAAAAAUAGCUCACAAAAAAAUUCUGCAAUCAUUAAAGCUCCAUAAAAGCUACAUUCAUACAAAACCAAUAUGAAUACAAUGUCGAUCAGGAAAGGCAAGGUUUGUCACACUAGUUGUACUGAAAGUACAUCAAAUUUGGACAUCUGUCAUCAAUUCAGGUAAACAUUUAGCAUACACCAAAGUCCACAUACAGUGCAGAGUACAGACACACCUAGUCUGUUAAAUAAGGAAACACACAUGAAAGCAUACAGUCAAAAUACUCCAUACUCGAGAGGUGUUCAAAUACUCAGUACAAGGAGAGACACAUGAAUGGACAUGGGUUUGAUAAAGUUUAGGGUGCAAGAAGUGCUGUGUAGAGAAGAUUCUAGGCAGAGACAGAAGGGUUUGAUUAGAAGGUAGUAUGAGUAACUUAGAAACAUGAUUACAAUAAAACAUCAUCAACUCCUCUAAAAAUACUCCCCACUACUUCAAGCAGACAUUUCUCCUUGUUCUUGCCACAUUUUAUGCAGUUUUGUGAGUCCUCUUUAAUAAGUGCUUUUUUAAUGAGAUGUAACCAAAAAGUACAGCAAAUGCUUCUGUUGCAUUCUAUCCAACAACAAAAAAGACGGCUUCACAACACAUCAUCUGCCUCAUUCCCUGGAUCUGGGGCUUUGCAGCUCCUGGCACUUCCCUAGUCAAAAUGAUGAUGAAAGGUAAACAUCUGCACCGACUCGGGACACUGAGGCAGCCACGACAACACUAAAACAACAGAGGACUUCAGAACUGCUUCAAAAAGUGGCAAGAAUUACACGGUGUGUUUAAAGUGGAGUAUUUAGAGGCAGGUUAAUCGGUAUGUGUUUUUACUGUGAACUAUUCUAGCUUAAACGUUCAUUGUAUCACUUCAUAUGCAAGGAACUGAGUCACAUAAGCAAUGGAAUCAGAAAAGGUAAUCACAAAGAUAAUCAUAAAUCACACAAGCCUUAUUGUGCCCGCCCUAAAGAAACAUGACUUGAUUUUUAUUCCACAGUAAUGGGAAACCACAGACACUAUGAAAAGGGGAAAAUGACAGGAGCAGAACAGUGGUAAACAGUAUGGUAAAAAUCUCAAAAGAUCUGCACUCUGUUGUUUAACAUGAAUGACAAUGUCUGUACUAAUUAAUUCUGCCAUUUUAAACACAGAACAUCUAGAAUCUAAUUACUGUAAGACCUUUACAUUUGGUGCAAGAACAAGCCUUAAAAAGUAACUCUAGAGUUUAAAAAUGAGAUAGUCAAUAAAAAUGUUUAUGCUAAUCAAACUGAAAAACACUGUUCUUAGGCUUUCAUCGUGGCAUAUCCAAUCUUACAACAAUCUCGCACUUUUACUAUGUUUGUGUCUUUGGCUCCUCAAUAAACAAAAGCUUAAAAUGGUAA